GGCGCAUGCGCAAGUCGCCAUAUUUUUGCAGUAGUUGCUGGACCUGAGAUGGUUCAUCCCUUCGUACAGGCUGAGCCCCAGUUGUUUAUUUUUGUGUAGCUGAGAGUUGCCUACGUGCUCAUUAUAGUUGCAUUUCCUAAUCUAAUUAGAUAACGAUAUAUGUAGACGAGUUUGUCGCCACAACAAGGCGCAGAAUGUCUUGCAAUCUUUGGAAAUCGAAGGCUACUACCAGAGUCGGCUCUGCUACUACUGUGAAUGAAAACAUGCACGGAUGAAAGGAGCGCGCGCUGACAGUAGACCAAGCCUAGCUAGCUAUAUCAUUUGAAGGAAGAAGUUUUUCAUAGCGCCACAUACUUGAAGACACGCCUUAACAUUAGUCAGAAACUGAGCUGAGAUCGGAAGAAUGUCCAUCACGAACACCCCGACGAGCAACGAUGCCUGCCUUAGCAUCGUGCACAGUUUGAUGUGUCACAGACAAGGCGCUGAGAGCGAGGCCUUCUCUAAGAGAGCGAUCGAGAGCCUUGUGAAGAAGCUGAAGGAGAAGAAAGAUGAGUUGGACGCUCUCAUCACGGCCAUCACCACCAACGGAGCGCAUCCCACUAAGUGCGUUACUAUACAACGCACCCUAGACGGCCGACUUCAGGUGGCUGGUCGGAAAGGCUUCCCCCAUGUGAUUUACGCCCGCCUCUGGCGCUGGCCAGAUCUCCACAAGAACGAGCUGAAGCAAGUGAAGUAUUGCCAGUAUGCCUUUGACUUGAAGACAGACAAUGUGUGCGUGAACCCAUAUCACUAUGAGAGGGUGGUGUCUGCAGGAAUCGAUAUCUCAGUAUUGACUCUGAAUUCUGGUCCCUCUGGGUUCAUGGUGAAGGAUGAGUAUGACUACGAAGGGCCGUCGUCCCUCCCCAGCGCUGAGAGCCACCUCCAAACCAUCCAGCACCCCCCGUCACGAUCUCUGGCACAGGAAGCCUUCGGCACGCCGGCUCUCCUGCCACCCACCGAGGCCUCCGGCUCAGCCGCCACGUCCAGUGCCUUCUCCAGCAUGUCCGCAGGCUCCACAAAUGGCACCUCCACCUGGAGCAGGAACAGCAGCUUCAGCGGCCCCACCAUGCCACAUCCCCAGAACGGCCACGUGCAGCACCACCCUCCCAUGCCUCACCCAGGACAAUACUGGCCGGUUCCCAUUGAUGUUGCAUUCCACCUCCCAAUAUCCAACCAUCCAGCUCCGGACUACUGGUGUUCCAUUGCGUACUUUGAGAUGGACGUCCAGGUGGGCGAGACGUUUAAGGUGCCCUCUAACUGCCCCGUGGUGACGGUGGACGGGUAUGUCGACCCCUCGGGAGGAGACCGCUUCUGCCUGGGCCAGCUGAGCAACGUCCACCGGACAGAGGCCAUCGAAAGGGCACGGCUGCACAUUGGGAAGGGCGUGCAGCUCGAGUGCAAAGGGGAAGGCGAUGUGUGGGUGCGUUGCCUCAGCGACCACGCCGUCUUCGUGCAGAGCUACUACUUGGACAGGGAGGCGGGGCGGGCGCCGGGGGACGCCGUGCACAAGAUCUACCCCAGCGCCUACAUCAAGGUGUUUGACCUGCGGCAGUGCCAUAGGCAGAUGCAGCAGCAGGCGGCCACUGCACAGGCGGCCACAGCAGCACAGGCGGCGGCCGUGGCAGGGAACAUCCCCGGCCCAGGCUCCAUGGGGGGCAUCGCUCCUGCCAUCAGUCUGUCUGCUGCGGCGGGCAUCGGCGUGGACGACCUGCGGCGCCUGUGCAUCCUCCGCAUGAGCUUUGUGAAGGGCUGGGGCCCCGACUACCCCCGCCAGAGCAUCAAGGAGACGCCCUGCUGGGUCGAGAUCCACCUGCACCGCGCGCUGCAGCUGCUGGACGAGGUGCUCCACACCAUGCCUGUUGCCGACCCCCAGCCUCUGGACUGACACACCCCCCACCUCCCCCUCCACACCCCCCCCAAUCAGGCUCUUGACUAAC